CUAGCAUGCUACCGCGAAAGAUCCUCACUUUUCCAGCAUCGAGAGAGAUGAAAUCCCAAAAUUAAUUAGUUUUUUAGGGCGGAGAUUGCAGCAAUUCAACUCUAAGUCUCUUCUCCCUUCGUCUUCCUCUGUUUUCCCAGAAGGUUGCCAUUUUCUUGUUGAAGUGCUUUUGGUGGAAUCCGUCGUCGUCGGUUCAGAGGCGGGCAACAAGUAAAGUAAGGGAAGGGAGAGAUGAAGAGGGUCUUUGGUGUCAAGAAAGACAAAGAGCCCCCUCCUUCUGUUGGCGAUGCCUCCGAUAGGAUCAAUAAAAGAGGCGAAACAGUCGAUGAAAAGAUCAAAAAGCUUGAUAUUGAACUGAAUAGAUACAAAGAGCAAAUCAAGAAGACAAGGCCCGGUCCUGCACAAGAAGCUGUUAAGUCUCGAGCCAUGAGGGUUCUCAAGCAGAAAAGAAUGUAUGAAGGACAACGGGACAUGCUGUAUAAUCAGACAUUUAACCUUGAUCAAGUUUCCUUUGCUUCAGAGGGUAUAAAAGAUGCUCAGCAAACGAUGACAGCUCUGAAGUCUGCAAACAAGGAGCUCAAGGGAAUGAUGAAAACCGUGAAGAUUCAAGAUAUUGAUAAUUUGCAAGAUGAAAUGAUGGACCUGAUGGAUGUGAGCAAUGAAAUUCAAGAGACCCUUGGCAGAAGCUAUAGUGUUCCUGAUGACAUUGAUGAGGAAGAUCUUAUGGGUGAGCUGGAUGCUCUAGAAGCAGACAUGGGUACGGAAACUGAAGCUGAUGGGAUUCCCUCCUAUCUCCAACCUGAUGCUGAACCGGACUUGGAUGCGGAGCUCCGCUUGCCUUCAGCACCCACAGGACAGGCAACAGCUCCGGCUGGGAGAUCCAAUGCCCAGGCUGAGGACGAAUUGGGCUUACCAGCUGUCCCUCGGGCAACACUUCGCGGUUAGGGUUUCGUUGGCUCUAUCAUUUGCGCAUGCGGGACGGGAGCUGGAUGAAGAAGUAACAACGCUGUUAUCAACAUAUUGUGCAGAAGUGAAUAUUCAUUCAUCUAGUGUUCAAAUUCACGUAUAUUGUGGUUGGCUAUUAUACAUGAACAGUUUGGAUUUCAACUUUUCAUAAUAAAUACGAUUGAGAUUUAUGACGAUUAACGAAGAUAA